AUGUUGCUGAAAAGGCAGAAGAACUGUUGCAGAAAUGCCCUACCGGAACCGGCGCCUGUGGAAGUAUUGGUUGAGAUCACGAUACAAGACAUUUCGGAUAUCUCAGCAAUUACCGGAACAUUCGUCAUCGACUUCUGGAUAAGUGCGAUUUGGAUGGAUAGCAGAUUGUCGUUUGACCAUCUGGACCCAUGCAGAAAGAACCUGUCUUUAGACCACGAUAUGGAGCCUCGGCUAUGGUCUCCUAAUGUCUGCGUCGUCAACUCGAAGCUGACAAAGGUGAGGAAGCAUUACAUCGCUGCUGACUAG